UGUAAAGCAGGUUGACGCCUUGCUCCACAGCAUGUUUCGUGAAUUUGCAAUUGGUGUCAACACGAAGAAUAUGCCAGCUCUUCUGUGUUACGUUUUGUUGUAUUUUGCAUCAGGUGUUUCGAGUGAUUUGAGUCCUCCAGGAUGUGGCAUCAAUGAUGUGGGUUUUGACUACACCACCCUCCCAAAAGUAACCCGGAAACGCAUCGUUGGUGGAGAAAAUGCAACUCCACAUUCAUUUCCAUGGAUGGCCGCUCUCGAAAACCGUGGUGUUUUGCAAUGCGGUGGGUCACUUUUGAAAGGCAGUUCUGACAGGUGGUUCGUCCUAACUGCUGCCCACUGUUUUCGUGGAACUACUGCCGAUGAAUGGAAGGUUCGCCUUGGCGUUCAUGAUCUCUCCAAAACCGAAUCUUCCUCAGAGUCAAUUGACGUAAAGACCGCGAUGAUCCACCCUCAGUACAAUACCCAAACAUUGGAGUAUGACAUCGCCCUGAUUGAGCUGAGUAGCGCCCCACAGCUCUCUAGGCCUGAAAUCAACAUUGGGUGUGUUUCCGGGGAUGUCGCUAAAGCAGGAGAAGUGUGUUAUGUCGCAGGAUGGGGACUCACCUCGUCAGGAGGCGAUCAAUCAGAUGUUCUCCAACUUAUUGAAAAGCCAGUCCUGUCACAAGCCCAAUGUAGGGACAUAUUUGGCUCGAACACCUUCUACGAAGUUUCAAUGAUCUGUGCAGGCUUCAUAGAAGGAGGAAAGGAUUCCUGCACCAGUGACAGCGGAGGGCCUUUGAUGUGCUACAGAAACAAUCGCAUGGAGAUCAUUGGCACUGUGAGCUGGGGAAUUGGUUGCGGUGAGCCGAACUCCCCCGGGGUCUAUGCUAGUGCUUCAGGAGGAAAGCAGUGGAUUGAAGCUAACAUAAACGGAUAGAUGGCAUCCGAAAUAAAAGCAUUGAAAUACGU